AUGACGACGCCCAUCCCGCUCCGGAUCAAGGUGACGUCGGAUACAAUCUGUCCGUUCUGCUUCAUCGGGCUGCGCAAGCUGCAGCGCGCGCUCGCCACGUCGCCCGUCGUCCAGUCCAAGGCCUUCGACGUCGACAUCGAGUACCUCCCCUUCCAGCUCGACCCCACCCUCCCGGUCGACAGGCCCGAAUCCAAGUUGGAGCGGUACAGGGCCAAGUUUGGCGCUAGGACCGAUGGAAUGGUCGAGAUGAUGAAGGGUCGCGGUCUCGAGUGCGGCAUUCACUUCUCCUACGGCGGUCCGAUCCGAUCCACGCUCCUCUCGCACCGCCUCCUCUCCAAAUCCUACCUCGAGGGCGGAUCCAAGCUACAGCUCGCGCUCAUCGAAAAACUCUUCCACUCCUACUUCGAGCAAGAGGGCGACCCAGGCGACAUCGACACCCUCGCCUCCCUCUCCGGCCCUCCCCCCGUGGGCGCCGGCGUCUUUGCAUCCACCGACGCCGCGAGGUCCUUCCUCGAAUCAAAGGAGCUCCUGCCCGAAGUCGAAAAAAAGUUCCACGAGGCCAGACUCAAGGGCAUCUCGGGCGUGCCCCACUUUGAAAUCGAGGCCGGCCAACCGGAAGGAAAGAGGGUCAGGGCCGAAGUCGGCGGUGCUCAGGACAGCGAGGCGUUUGUCGAAAUCUUUGGAAAGAUCAAGGAAGCCAUCGACCAGCAGCAGUAG